AUCUUUUUCCUUUCCACACUUUUUUUUAGUGAGAUCAUAAUUAUGCCGUUUGGCUCCUCUGUUUUUGAUUGAAAGCUGCUUUAAGAAGUGAAAGCGGAAGGAAUAAAGGAAGACAUGUGCCCCCACGAAGCCUUGUUGUUAGGCAAAUGAGAAUGAAAAUGAUACAUUUCGAAUCUAACAGCAACAACACGUAACAUACAACGGAAUGUUCGGCACACGUGGGGGUGAUGGUCUAAUACCAAGUGCCAUUCUUCUUAUCGUUAUUAUAUAUCAACAACAUAACUUAUAAGUCACAUCUACCACGAACUAUCAUGACUCAUAUGUACUUUAUUGGUAGAAAAGUAGGUAUUUGUGUUUUGUCUACAAAAUUCUUCUAAACUUAUGUUGCAAGUCAUCUACUACGAUUUGGAAGUAGGUAUUACUGUCUGUAUCUAUGGUCGGGGAAUCUCAAACUCAUAUAACACAAAAACAUAAUUUACAUCUCUACAACAACUAAUCCGAAAAGAACUUUCACCAACUUCACUAUUCUUUUCCUUUUUUUCUUUUGCACCUUUCUCUUUAGUUAUGGGGAAGAGGUAAAAAGUCUUGUAGAUGGCUUCCCUACAACGGUAACUAAAGUAUUUUUAUCAAAAUUCGUGGACCAUACCGACCAUUGCAAGUAACUAAAAGAAUCACACUAGAUGCAAGUUGUUUAAUGAAACUUCACCAUACUAUUUGGAUUUCUUCAAAAUCUGAUUAAUACUUAUCAAUCAACAAAAAGUCGCACAAACUGGUCUUACUUACUGUAAAUAAUAUUUUACUGUUUUUUCUCAACUGAUUCUACUGUAAAAUUUCACCAUUGAAUGAAAAGGAGUAAAUUAAUACUCAGAAUUUGAUACUCCCUCUGUUCCUUGAUAAUAGACUUUCUAGAAAAAACGUUUGUUUCAAAAAGAUGUAUUUUUUGUGUUUUCUAUGAAAAAAUUGUAAAUUUCAAGAAAAUUAAUUGACUUUACUGAAUUACUAUUGGUUAAAAGUUAUUGAAAAUUGAAAAUUACAGAAAACGAUACAUUUAAUAUGGUAGUUUAAUGUGUUUUCUUAAUAUGUGUAAAAAUACUAAAAAAUUUAUCUUUUAGGAAGAGAGGGAGUAAUAUUUAGUAAAUCUGAAUUUGAUAUUUCACAUGGUAACAAAAGCUAAUACUUCUUCUGCUUGAUAUUCUUCUUGGAGCUGAGGCAGCAACAGCAAAAUCAUAUUAAUAAAGAGAGAGUUAAAAAAGACAGCUCGAGCUUCACCUUCCUCGUUAGCCCUUCAUCAUCUUCUCUCACCUAACUCCACCACUCUCCUCUCUCUGUGUAGAAGAAGAAAGAUUGAAGUGUGAUAAUUACAACCCACCAACUAAAAGUCUAAAAACCCUUUCUUGAAUUCAACUCUACGCGUCGCUUACUACCCAAAAAGUUUCAAUCUUUCUAUUCCCCAACAGCCAUCAUUAAUUAAUCCAUUUACUAAUCUCCUUCCCCCAUUAAAGAUUGUCUCUUUAGUACCCUCUGAGUUUGACCACCUCCACUGUUCUUUCCCUCGAGAGAGAGAGAGUACCCAUCACUCCAAGUCUUGAUUUUUAAUAAGGAUAAAGAUGGCUAGAGUGCUAAAAUCGACCCAAUCAUGCCACUUCCCUUCACCUUCAAGCUCAUCUUCUACAUCAUGUGGAGGCAAUGAUGGUAACAAAGACCCACAUUCUCUUUUUAACAUUCCCCUCGAGGAAGAAGAAGAAGAAAGAAGCGAGAAAGAGAGAGAAAGAUUCGAGCUUUCGUCUUCAUUAGAGACUCUCGCUUCUGCUAUCAGAAAGUCUUUAAUCGGUGGCUGCGUUGGCGAAGAGAUAAAUCUUUCUUCAAUGGAGAUUGGUGUCCCUACAGACGUUAGACACGUGGCUCACGUCACCUUCGACCGUUUCCACGGCUUCCUCGGCUUGCCCGUUGAGUUCGAACCUGAAGUCCCUACACGCCCUCCUAGUGCAAGUGCAAAGGUGUUUGGUGUCUCGACCGAGUCAAUGCAGCUGUCUUACGAUACUAGAGGGAACGUUGUGCCUACGAUACUCUUGAUGAUGCAGAGUCACUUGUACAGUAGAGGAGGGUUAAGGGUGGAAGGGAUCUUCAGGAUUAACGGUGAGAAUGGUCAAGAGGAGUAUGUAAGAGAAGAGUUGAACAAAGGUGUUGUGCCUGAUAACAUUGAUGUUCAUUGCUUGGCAAGUCUCAUUAAGGCUUGGUUUAGGGAGCUUCCUACUGGUGUGUUGGACUCGCUCUCGCCAGAGAAAGUGAUGGAGUCUGAAAGCGAAGAAGACUGUGUUGAGCUUGUGAGGAUGCUUCCUGCAACGGAAGCUUCUUUGUUGGAUUGGUCAAUCAAUCUGAUGGCUGAUGUUGUGGAGAUGGAAUGUCUUAACAAGAUGAAUGCUAGGAACAUAGCUAUGGUUUUCGCACCUAACAUGACUCAGAUGUUGGAUCCUUUGACGGCUCUGAUGUAUGCUGUGCAAGUCAUGAACUUUCUCAAGACACUUAUUGUGAAGACGCUUAAGGACCGGAAAGAGUCUCGAGAUAGGUUGGUUCCAGGUUCGAACCCGGGUCCUAGGGACGAGAAUGGUGAUCAGAGUAGCAGACAGUUGUUGCAUCUCAUAGAAGCUAACAAGGAGGAAGCUGUAGAUACCUUUGAGGUGGAAAUGAAAGACAAAGAGGAGUCUGAAGUACAAGAACCUAGAGAGAUUCUUGGUGUAAAGUCGUCUCUGAUUAAAAGCUGCCAGUAUAAUAACAAUGGAGGUUUUGGAAAGAAGCAGAAAGGUUGGGAGGAGAAGAGGAAGAUGAAGAAUGCUAGUAGUAUUGUGGGACGUGUGAAUUACAGAGUUGAGCUUUUUGAAGCUUGGCGGUGAAAAAAAAUAGAUUCCAUUCAUUCAUGUUCUUGAUCCAACUUUUGGGUUUUCUUGAUUUUGGUUUCGUGGGAUGGUUUUGUUGAUGGUUGCUUGUGUAUCAAGAGAUGCUGCAUUUCUGCAUAUAAUGUCAAAGAUAAGGUUUUUGCUUCA